AUGUCUAGUCAGGCAGUGGAUGGGGUGCCUGGUGUGGUUAUUAGGCUUCUUAAAGCUGGGAAGGCCAAGGAAGUCUCCUAUAAUGCUUUAGCCUCACACAUAAUCUCAGAGGAUGGGGACAGCCCGGAGGUUGGAGAAGCCCGGGAAGUCUUUGACUUGCCUGUUGUAAAGCCUUCUUGGGUGAUUUUAUCUGUACAGUGUGGAGCUCUGCUGCCCGUACUUUCGACUACAGUGUGUACUUGUCAGUUGUUCUUCGCUUGCCCUGCAUGCCUGAGUCAGGUGUCAUCUGAGGACAGGAGUGCCCUGUGGGCUUUGCUCACGUUCCACGGCGGCAGCUGUCAGCUGAGCCUCAAUAAGAAGUGCACCCACUUGAUUGUUCCUGAGCCGAAGGGGGAGAAGUAUGAAUGUGCUGUGAAACGAGCAAGUAUUAAAAUUGUGACUCCUGAUUGGGUCCUGGACUGCAUAUCUGAGAAAACCAGGAAGGAGGAAGUGUUUUACCAUCCUCGUCUGAUCAUCUAUGAGGAGGAGGAAGAGGAAGAAGAGGAAGAGGAAGAGGCCGAAAACGAGGAGCAGGACUCUCAGAACGAGGGUAGCACGGAGGAGAAGUCGAGCCUGGCCAGCUCCCGGGAGGGCUCCCCUGGCAACCGGCAGUUUUCUCCCAAGCCCAGCACCGAGACUUCCAAAGGGGAAUUGAUGUUUGAUGACUCUUCAGACUCCUCGCCAGAGAAGCAGGAGCGGAAUUUAAACUGGACCCCCGCGGAAGUCCCACAGCUUGCCACGGCAAAGCGCAGGCUGCCUCAGGGAAAGGAAUCUGGGCUCAUUAACUUGUGUGCCAAUGUCCCACCCGUCCCAGGUAACCUCCUGCCUCCAGAUGUCCGCGGGCUCAUGGCCUCUGGACAGAACCUCCCAACUUCUGAGCGGUCAGACAUGAUAGCUACCUGGAGUCCAGCGGCGCGGACGUUGAGAAAUAUCACCAAUAGUGCUGACAUUCAGCAGAUUAACCGACCAUCAAAUGUAGCACAUAUCUUACAAUCCCUUUCAGCACCCACAAAAAAUCUAGACCACCAGGUGAAUCACAGCCAACAGGGACAUGCCAAUGCCAGCGCGGUGCUGUUUGGCCAGGUGAAAGGGGCUGCAGAAGCCCCCGUGCUCCAGCAGCACCAUCAGCCGCCGCCGCCCCAGGUCCUACACCUCCAGCCGCAGCAGAUGAUGCCGUUUCCGCAGCCGCCGCCACCGCAGAUGUCCCAGCAGCCCUACCCUCACCCCCCGGCACACCCAUUCCCGCAGCCGCCCCCGCCGCAGGUCCAUCAGCAUCAGUUUCCCCAGCAGCCGCUGCACCGCCCGCCACAGCAUGCGCAGCCCUUCCAGCCUCAGCAGGCCCUGCAGCUGCACCAGCUGCAGCACAGCCUGCUUCAGCAGCAGCACAUGCAGCAGCAGCAGCUCCAGCGCCUGCACCACCAGCAGCAGCAACAGCACAUGCAGAACCAAGCAGCAGCACAACACUUGAGCCAGCCGCCUCAGGCACUGCCGCACCAGGUCCCACCCCAGCAGCCGCCACCGCCACCACCUCCGCAGCCACCACCGCCGCAGCAGCUGUUUGGACACGACCCGACUGUGGAGCUUCCAGAAGAAGGCUUCUUACUUGGAUGUGUGUUUGCUAUUGCUGAUUAUCCAGAGCAGAUGUCAGAUAAGCAGCUGCUGGCCACAUGGAAAAGGAUCAUCCAGGCACACGGUGGCACUGUGGAUCCCACGUUCACAAGCCGAUGCACCCAUCUUCUCUGUGAGAGCCAAGUCAGUAGUCUGUACGCACAGGCGAUACGCGAGAGGAAGAGAUGCAUCACUGCGCACUGGCUAAAUACCGUCCUGAAGAAGAAGAAGAUGGUGCCGCCCCAUCGGGCCCUCCACUUUCCCGUGGCCUUCCCGCCAGGGGGGAAGCCGUGCGCUCAGCAUAUCAUCUCUGUGACUGGGUUUGUUGAUAAUGACAGAGAUGACUUGAAGUUGAUGGCAUAUUUGGCUGGUGCCAAAUACACAGGGUAUCUGUGCCGGAGCAACACCGUCCUCAUCUGUAAAGAACCAAGUGGUUUAAAGUACGAAAAAGCCAAAGAGUGGAGGAUCCCGUGUGUGAACGCCCAGUGGCUGGGAGACAUCCUGCUGGGGAACCUGGAAGCUCUGAGGCAGGUCCAGUGCAGCCGGUACACGGCCUUCAACCUGCAGGACCCCUUCGCGCCCACUCAGCACCUGGUGCUCAGUCUUCUGGAUGCUUGGAGAAUCCCAAUGAAAGUGUCAGCAGAGUUACUGAUGGGUGUGAGAUUACCUCCCAAACUGAAGCCGAAUGAAGCAGCCAACAUCCAACCUUCCUCCAAACGAGCCAGGAUUGAAGAUCUGCCACCUCCCACUAAAAAACUCACACCAGAAUUGACCCCUUUUGUGCUUUUUACUGGCUUUGAGCCUGUACACGUUCAACAGUAUAUUAAGAAGCUCUACAUCCUGGGUGGGGAGGUGGCCGAGUCCACACAGAAGUGUACCCACCUCAUCGCCAGCAAGGUGACUCGCACCGUGAAGUUCCUCACGGCCAUCUCCGUGGUGAAGCACAUCGUGACGCCCGAGUGGCUGGAGGAGUGCUUCAAGUGCCAGCGGUUCAUCGAUGAGCAGAACUAUGUCCUCCGAGAUGCCGAGGCGGAAGUCCUCUUCUCUUUCAGCCUGGAAGAGUCCUUGAAGCGAGCGCACGUGUCUCCCCUUUUCAAGGCGAAGUAUUUUUACAUCACGCCUGGCAUCUGCCCCAGCCUUUCGACAAUGAAAGCCAUUGUGGAGUGUGCUGGGGGAAAAGUUCUGUCCAAGCAGCCAUCUUUCCGGAAGCUCAUGGAGCAUAAGCAGAACAAGAGCCUGUCGGAAAUCAUUUUAAUAUCCUGCGAGAAUGACCUGCAUUUGUGCCGAGAGUAUUUUGCCAGGGGAAUAGAUGUUCACAAUGCUGAGUUUGUUCUGACUGGAGUGCUCACACAGACGCUGGACUAUGAAUCAUAUAAAUUCAGCUGAUGGCUGCGUGCCUGCUGGGGCCCAGGCGGUGGAGCGCGGCCUGCCCCGCGGCCGGCCCGGACUCCUCCCGCGCUUGUUUUCCCGCUGCUCCCAGGACGAGACGCGGCGCAAGCAGGGGAACAACUGUACACUUACACUGCAUCCUGUUGAGGUGUGCGCCUAUUCUGAAGAGACACAAAUUAUGUUGUGUACGAUAGGAGUUUUAUGAGCCCACAUUAGGUCUUACUCAUUUGCCAGGCUUUUAAAUGUUUUCACAGAAUCAUGUGAGCUUCAGCUACAAAUAAAGUGGUGUAAAUAAAGAUCUUGCUAUCUAAAUUAUGGAUGUUAAAGACAUAAGAUGUUUUAUACUUUGAGUAUUUUUAUUUCUUAUACUCUUUUCUUUUAUAUUGACCUCUUA